GAUUCUUCUGAUUAUGGGGUCUCUAGCUUUGAUGCGCUAGCAUUCCCUCCACAUGCUCCACACCACAAGUGGAGACUACUGGAGACACAUCCGUGAUCCGUGUCGCACAUAUGUGUCCGUGUGUUGUCGAGCGUCCGAAUGUUUCCGGAGCUUACGCUCCAUCUAUCUCUUUUUAAGUCUAUAUGGCCAAACCAGUGCCCUUUCCAGUGUACUUAUAUCUCAGAGAUUAAAGCUGAUUAGGCUGGUAUUCAUAACCGGAUCUUAUUUCAAGACCGUCUUAGAUCCGACUAUGAAUAUACCGGUCUCGUGUUGCGAUUCGAGCCAGGCUGCAUGGCAGCAUGGCAUAUGCGUGGCUUUACGUAACGGUGAACAGUGA